AUGGUUCUGCUGACAAGCGGUGGCGCGGUCUGGACAUGGGGUUACAACGAGUCGUCGUGCCUCGGCUGGCCGGCGGCCAUGGUGCACGCGUCCUUGAGGCACGGAUUCCAGAAGCCGCGCUGUCCAGUCGUCCUUCCUCAGGUGUGUGCUUCGUCGUGCGUCCUCAAGCGCCGCCGUGGGGGCGUGGGCGGUAAAAACGCUCCGGUCUGCUCUCAGGCGCUCUGCGUCGCGGCGGGAGCUGCGCACUCUGCGGCGCUUGUCGACGCCGGCGGCGGGCGGGGCGUCCCCUACCUCUGGGGCGACAACUCGUGUGGGCAGUGCGGUGUCGGCGGCGGCGGCUGCCUCCCUCUGCCGAUGCCGCCGCCUGGGUUUGAAGCGGAGAGCGUUUCGCUCGUGCGCUGCGUCGGAGGCACGUCCGUGCUGGUGUGCCAUUCUGGCCGCUGCUAUCUGUUGGGCGGUGGCGCGCGCGUGGAGGCCGCCUCGAGCAGCGAGGAGGAGGGCGACGGCGCCCGUGUGCCGCGGCUCGCGGGAGGGCUGCCUUCGGGGCUCGGUCUGAGGCGUCUCUUGGCGGAGAGGGUCCGUGAUGUGGCGGCUUCCGAAGACCACGCGAUUCUGCUCGACACCUUCGGGCGGGCGCAUGGCUUGGGCUACAACCGCUACGGACAGAGCGCCCCGGGGUGCGGCCGGCUCCGCCUGAGCGCUCCGCGGCUCCUCGGCGCGACGUUUGGUGGGGAGAGGUUGCUGCAGGUGGCCGCUGGCGGCGGCGCGAGCGCCGUGCUGAGCGUCGGAGGCGACAGCUUGCGUGCGCGUUGUGCCGCCGUACUGUUGUCGGCAAUGCGGCCCGAGGAGGACGCCGACGUUGCCGACGUUGCCACCGGCGUUUGCGUCCAGCUCCUUCGGUGGAGUCUCGUGUGCACGGCACCGGGGCUCAGCGCGGUCGCAGCGCAAUGCCUCCUCGUCGCCGGCCAUCAGGGCGAGCAGGUUGCAGCGGAGUGGGCAGCGGCGGGUUUGCCGCCUCCGUUGUUGCUCGAUGCUGUUCGUGCCGUCGAAGCCAUGCGUGACGCGGAGUAG